ACAUCUUUGCAAACGUAACCUAAAAAAAAAAUAGAAAUUGAUAGAAACGAACGACAACACAUGAUAUUAUUGUGCGACGUAGAUUUUAAUUUUACUCAAUUAAAAACAAUAUUACAUCAUUGUUAAUUUAGACAACACAACAAAAUGGCAAGUACAGCAGUAUUAGCUGGUAUUGGAAUAGCAGCAGUUGGUUUUGGUGGACGAUAUAUUGCUCGUCAAUUGCCAAAUUUAUCACAAAAAGCUAAUAAAGCAUUUCAAGGUUUGUCACAACUUGAUGCAGCAUCAAUAGCAAAUAAUAGAUACUACAAAGGUGGCUUUGAACAACCAAUGACUAAAAGAGAAGCUAGUUUAAUACUGUCAGUAUCACCAGCUGCAAAUAAAUCAAAAAUAAAUGAUCAAUUUAAAAAAUUAAUGUUUGCUAAUCAUCCUGAUCGUGGUGGUUCACCUUUUAUUGCAACUAAAAUUAAAGAAGCCAAGGAUGUUCUAGAAAAAUAAACAAAUUAUAUUGUUUGGUUUGAAUUAGUGUUAUUUAUUUUAUAAUUAUUUACUUGGAAAAAUAUCAAUAAAAUUAAUAGUUACAACGACAACUGUCAUUGGUUUAUUUAUAAAAAAAUUAAUAUUUAUUUUUUGGUUCUUUUUUAAUAUUAAAAAGUUGGAUAUUGCUUUUACUCAUAGCCCCUAUGAGCAGCAGAAUAAAAAAAAGAAUUUGAUAAUAAUUUUUUAGGUAUGUAUAAAUAAAAUAUAAACUCAAAUUUCAUAAGCCAGUUAUACAUAUAUAUUUUACCACAAAAAAAAAUAUAUAUUUCGAAAUACACAAAGUGAAAAAAAACUAAAUAAACAUUAUUAUUAAUUAAAUAUAAAGAUUAAUCACCAAUUAAUAUUUAAUAUUUCUUUUUUUAUAAAAUUAACGGUGACAAUCAAAAAGAGGAUUUUUUUAUGAACUAAAUUUAAGCUCCAAAUUAAAAAUGCCUCUUAAAUUAUAUAAAAUUAUUAUUAUUAAUUAUAAUUAUCUUUAAACACUGGAAGGUUUAAUCUGGUUUCAACCAAAUAUAUUUUUUUUUUUUAAAACAAGCUUUUAAAAAAAAAAAAAAUGUUUGCUGAAGAUAUAAAUUUAACUUAUCAUUUUUGUUCACAAAACUUUCAUAUUUUUUUUUUUCUUUUGAUUUAACUCUUUCAUAAAUUAUCGCCAGCUCUUUUUUUUUUAUAAUUAUUAUUUUUUCACAUAUUAUUUUGAUAACUAAUUAUUAAUUCAAUUUAGAAAACAUGCAUAAAUAUUAUCAACACUUUGUCUAUAAUCUAUACGAAGUAAAAAGAUUUUAGAAACAGUAUAAAAUGGACAUUGUUUAUAGUUAAUUAUUUAUCAAUUUCACAAUUUCUACUUUAAUCAUUACCUUACUAUUAAUUCCAUAAAUUAAGGACUUUUGUUUAUCAUCUCACAUUAUUAUCGUGUAUAGAUUGAAAAAUUUUAUAUUCAUCAGAAUUAUUAAUAUUAUUCAGCGAAGAUUUAAAAUUACUAUUAUUAUUUAAUUAAAAAUUUUAAAUAUAAAAAAGAUUGGCCAUUUUAUCAAGUGAUGUAUUGUUUUUGUUUUUUUUUUGUGCUAUUAUUUUUACUGCUGCUGUUGUGUAGUGCGUUUUAUGUUUUCUUAUGAUAUAUAUUUUAAAUUUUAUUUUCCAGUCUUUCAUUCAAUCCAAGUUGCGCUGAUAAUAAUGUCCCAUGUGAAUUUUUAUUUAUAUUAUUAUUAAUAUUAUAUUUUGAUGAUUGUAUUUUGUUUGUUUCUUUUUCUUGUCGUUUGA